UCUGUAUCUGGACAUAUAUUUGUGCCUAUAAAACCUCUCAAGCGCCAAACCCUCCUCUCCCUCUCUCGCAAAACCCUAGCUCUCUCCCCUGCUUUGCGGCGCGGCGCAGUGUAACCCCGGCCGGACCGAGCCGUUCUAGAGACAGGGGAGCGAGAUGGAUCGGCGCAAGGGCGGCAACCGCGUCGCCAACGGCGGAUUGGCGGAGGCGACGGCGUCGCGGCUGAGGGUCCACUCCGACGAGGAGGCGGAGGAGGUGAGGAUGGAGGUGGAGGAGAGCCCCGACGCCGCGGGGGAGGAGGAGGUGAUUGGCAGCGACAAGACUAGCGCUGACUACUACUUCGACUCCUACUCCCACUUCGGUAUUCAUGAAGAAAUGCUAAAAGAUGUUGUUCGGACAAAAUCAUAUCAGAAUGUUAUCACCCAGAAUAGCUUUCUUUUCAAGGACAAAAUAGUCCUUGAUGUCGGCGCCGGAACCGGGAUUCUUUCCCUUUUCUGUGCUAAAGCAGGAGCUAAGCAUGUCUAUGCGAUCGAGUGUUCCCAGAUGGCAGACAUGGCAAAGGAAAUUGUGAAUGCAAAUGGAUAUUCUGAAGUCAUAACUGUAAUAAAAGGGAAAGUCGAAGAAAUUGAGCUUCCUGUCCCUAAAGUAGAUGUAAUAAUCUCAGAGUGGAUGGGCUAUUUCCUCCUUUUUGAGAAUAUGCUGAAUACUGUCCUAUAUGCACGUGAUAAAUGGCUUGCUGAUGGUGGUGUGGUACUACCAGAUAAAGCCUCUUUGCAUCUUACUGCAAUUGAAGAUGCGGAAUAUAAGGAAGACAAAAUUGAAUUUUGGGAUAAUGUAUAUGGAUUUGAUAUGAGCUGCAUAAAGAAACAGGCAAUGAUGGAGCCACUUGUAGAUACAGUGGACGCAAAUCAGAUUGUCACUAACUGUCAGUUACUGAAGACAAUGGAUAUUUCCAAAAUGACCCCUGGAGAUGCGUCCUUUACUGUACCAUUCAAGCUGGUCGCAGAGCGGAAUGAUUUCAUUCAUGCUCUUGUCGCAUACUUCAACGUGUCAUUCACCAAAUGCCAUAAGAUGAUGGGCUUCUCAACAGGCCCGAGAUCAAAAGCCACUCACUGGAAGCAAACUGUUCUGUAUCUUGAGGAUGUAGUCACCAUAUGCGAGGGUGAGACCCUGACGGGUAGCAUGACAGUCGCACCGAAUAAAAAGAAUCCCCGGGACAUUGACAUUAAGCUCAAUUACUCCCUAAAUGGGCAUAGAUGUCAGGUAUCAAGAACACAGUACUACAAGAUGCGGUAACCAAUGGACCAAUGAGAACUCAGAUGCCUUGAAGUCCAUUCAAUUUUGUUUAACUGAAUAUCUUGUGUUGACACAUCGAUGUGUUUUCUCGAGUAUUAUUAUGCACCAAUUAUUUGGAAUCUAGAAAAAAGUAGAGAGUAGAUUAAACUGUGCCAGUUUCCUGGUUGGUAGUGGUAUGACCUUUGCCCAAGGAUGUUGGCAGUUGUAUGCAUUUGAUUUGAUGGAUUCAUAAUAGAUUGCUGCUGCAAUUUAUGAUUUGA